UAUUGCAGCCAGGAACUGGGCAAAGGCUGGGAAAGUUGGGCGUAGCCUUGUACUUUCUGCAGCUCUGCUGGGUGCCGUGAGGGACAUCUACCUUGGCUUGGAGAAAAACCCCUGGGGGGCCCCCUGCCCCCUGGGGGUCCUCUCUCUCAGAUGGGGCUCCCCUGGGGCUGCAGCCACCCCAGCCUCACCGGCUAUGCUAGGGGCCUCCUGACUUCCCUCAUCACUCUGCUCCUCCUACAGCUGGGCUCAGCCCAGCUCAGAGUGGUGGGACCAGGACACCCUCUCACUGCCAUUCUUGGGCAGGAUGUCGUGCUGCCCUGCCACUUGUCCCCUCAACGCGAUGCUCGCACCUUGGAAAUCAGGUGGAUUCGGCACAGGUUACCUGAGACAGUGCACCACUACCGCCAUGGAGAGGACCUGUAUGAGGAGCAGAUGGAGGCAUAUGCCGGGAGGACAGAGCUGGCCAGAGAUGGUCUCUCUGUUGGAAAUCUGGACUUGCGAAUCAUGGGGCUGAGACCCUCUGAUGAUGGCCAGUACGUCUGCACUGUGGGAGAUGCUGAUGCUUAUGCUGAAACCAUAGUGGAUCUGGAGGUGUCAGCCACAGGCACUGACCCCCACCUCUCCCUGGGGGGCUACGAGGCCGGAGGCAUCCGGGUGCUGUGUCUAUCGGUCGGCUGGUACCCGCAGCCGCAGCUGCUGUGGAGGGAUGCUCGCGGCAGCACCUGCCCUCGGACCCCCAGACACAUUCCCAGGACCAGGAGGGGCUCUUUGAAAUCGAAGGUGCCGUCAUCGUGACCGGGAGCGUGGAGGGGCCCUUGUCCUGCAUGGUCAGGAACAGCCACCUCGAGGAGGAAAAGGAAUCAUCCCUGCACAUCGCAGUUCCCUUCUUCCACAACACCCAGUCCUGGAUGGUGGCUCUGGCUCUGGUCCUCGUGCUUUUGGCUGUGUCCAUUGGCCUCAGUGUUUAUCUCUUCCGAAAGCAAG